UGAAAACAAUACAUUAAUAUACCAUAGCAAUAAAAAGAGCAGGAGCGAGAUGAAAAAGGGGAUCCAGCCCGCCCUGGAGCAGUACCUGGUGACCGCCGGGGCUGGGGAGGGGGCGGCCGCCGCCGCAGCCUCCAUGGACAAAAGGGCACUGCUGGCCGGCCCCGGCUUCGCCGCCGCCCCCACGGGCGCGUACAUCCAGAUCCUCACCACGAGUGCGUCCACCACCUCCUGCUCCUCCUCUCUCCAAGGCGGCGCGGUCGCCGCCGGCCCCCUCCCCAGUGCCCCCGGCGCGGAGCACACCGCCGGCAGCCUCUACGCCACGCCGCACGGACCCUCCGGCAGAGCCGCGCUGCUGCAGCGGCCGCCAGCGCCGGGACGCGGCGGCGGCGGCCCUCCGGCAAAGCGAAGGCUGGAGCUGGGAGAAAGCGGACAUCAGUACCUCUCAGAUGGUCUAAAAACCCCCAAGGGCAAAGGAAGAGCCGCAGGACGGAGUCCAGACAGCCCCAAAACUCCAAAAUCUCCCUCAGAAAAAACACGGUAUGAUACAUCCCUUGGUCUGCUCACCAAGAAGUUCAUCCAGCUGCUGAGCCAGUCGCCCGACGGGGUCUUGGAUCUGAACAAGGCCGCAGAGGUGCUGAAAGUGCAGAAGAGGCGGAUUUACGACAUCACCAAUGUCCUGGAAGGCAUCCACCUCAUCAAGAAGAAGUCCAAAAACAACGUGCAGUGGAUGGGCUGCAGUUUGUCUGAGGAUGGGGGCCUCCUGGCCCAGUACCAAGGCCUGUCCAGAGAAGUGACCGAGCUCAGCCAGGAAGAGAAGAAACUAGAUGACCUCAUCCAGAGCUGCACCCUGGACCUCAAACUGUUAACUGAGGAGUCAGAGAAUCAAAGAUUAGCUUAUGUUACAUAUCAAGAUAUUCGAAAAAUCAGUGGCCUUAAAGACCACACUGUUAUAGUUGUGAAAGCCCCUCCAGAAACACGACUUGAAGUGCCUGACCCAAUAGAGAGCCUGCAAAUACAUUUGGCAAGUACCCAAGGACCCAUUGAGGUUUAUCUGUGUCCAGAAGAGACCGAAACGCACAGCCCAGUGAAAACAACCAACCAAGACCACAAUGGGAAUAUCCCUAAACCCACUUCCAAAGACUUGGCUGCAACCAACUCAGGACAGAGCGACUGCUCGGUUUCUAUGGCGAACCUCUCCCCGCUGGCCUCCCCGGCCAACCUUUUACAGCAGACGGAAGACCAGAUUCCUUCCGGCCUAGAAGGGCCGUUUGUGAACUUGCUGCCUCCCCUGCUCCAAGAAGACUAUCUCCUAAGCCUCGGGGAGGAAGAAGGCAUCAGCGACCUCUUCGAUGCCUACGAUUUGGAAAAGCUCCCGCUGGUGGAAGACUUCAUGUGCAGUUGAUUCUGCUUUGUGGGAACCCCCUUAUAGCCCCAUAUUUUUUAUUAUGGAACCAGAACAUCUGUCAUGCAGUGUCGUCCCUUCCCACCUUCUUCCUCCAGGAUAGAAUCAUGAAGUAAACUGCAGACUUCAGAACAAAGCUAAUGUUUUAACGAAUUAAACAAGAAAUUGUCUAAACGCACAGUUGCAGGCUCCCCGGGGAAGCCCUGCUCUGCCCCAGGCUCCAAAAUCUCCUGGACGAUCAGCAAGCGAGAAAUGUGCAAUCAGGUGUCUCUCACCCGUGCUUCCCUCCCUUCCUCCCGGACUGGCUUGCUGUGCCUAACGGAUGCGCUGUAGAAUGGGGUCUGGCCGCCUGGCCCGCUCGGAAACAGCAAGCUUCCUUAGCAGCAUUUAAAGCCGUGCCUUCUCCGCAGAACGCAUGUCUCUGGGGUCCGCUCGCGUGGAACGGAACGGCAGGGACUCUGCACUUGAAGUCAUGCAAACGUAUGGAAUGGAUUUCUUCAGCUCUUCUUAGGAAUAUUUAAAUUACUGUCAUAACAGCCUAAGCUAUUGACCAUGUGUCCCACUCGGAGGUCAGGAGGACCUUCGCAGCCUUUCGGACGAAGACCCUGUGUUCAGAUACUCGUUGCAGAUGAAAAGGGUAGAUAGAGGUCGGCCUCUAGGCUGCGGUGGGUUUCCUGUCUCCGUAAACCGCUCCUGCUCCCCUGCCCCCACCCCAUUUGUGAAUUUAAGUUGAUUUGUAGCAGAUGCGGACUUAGUUCUUUGUGGGAUUGUUUUAGACUUAUUUUUUUAGCUGCCAUGUAAGCAUUCCUGUGGCACCAUCACCAUUUCAAUCUAAUUGCCCACUUUGAAGCGGUUUUUUUGCUCACUCAAAUAGUUUAAGCAGAGGUAGAGAACCUCUACCGAUCGGAGUGUCCAAACCGUGUGGUCCCAGGUUUCUGAGCCCCUGCGGAAGCGGUGCCCCGCGCCUGCUUCCCGGGAGGACAACCGGGCCUGGCCGCGGAAAGGGCUCCGGCCGCCGCACUCAGGGACGCAAGGCUCCGGGAGGGGCGGGCGGAGCUGGCGGAGCGGGAUGCCAGGGUCGGUGGCGGGGGGCGGCGGUGCCCCGGUCCAGGCCCCGCCCCCAAUUCCGGCCCCGCCCCGGCCAGCAGAUCCCCAGGGCUUCCCGCUCGCCCCGGCCCCGGCCGCUCCCGCUGCGGGCGGCCUCACUGCCUGGCGCCCACUCCUUGGAUGCCGAAGCCCGCGGGAGUGGGGGACCCAUUUGUAAAAACCUCAAAACGAACAGUUACAUUGAAAGGCCCUAUUCCUGACACAGUAACCCUGGAACCACGUGUUUGAUUGAAUGGAAAACAUCCCUGAAGGAAAACAAAACGCAGCGGAAAACCAGGAGAGCCCCCCAGCCUUCUCUCGGUGGGUUUUCACGGUAUGCAAAGCGGCGGUGGGAUCAAAACAAGGACCCAGCACUUUAAGCUGUUUGUGUGGGUGUGCGUGGGUGUGCGUUUGGGAAGGAAAACAAAGGUGCAGAUCACCCUCCUUUUUCUCCGGCCCCCAUCCCAGCCUCCUCCCCUCACACACACUGGACCCGGUACAAAAUAUCCCGUGUGGUGGAGAAUCCCUGGGGCGGGGAGGGAGGGAGCUUUGUGUCAAGUGCCUACUGGAAAUGCACUGUGGGGUUUUUUCCUGUAUGGGAAACCACUUACGCCAAGCUUUUCCCCAGUUCCCAUAUUUAUCUUGUCCGGUUAGCUGCCUCUGCUUCCAGCUCUGUGUGCUUCUCCUUGCCAGCUGCACAAAGCUGAUUUUUUCCCAAAGUCUAAAGACUGAGCUCACCUGGCUAGGUUGUUCGUGUGUUCUGUUGAAUUCCUCGUUAAACCUUUUCGUAAUGUAAUGCCGUAUUUAUUGUUUUAAAAAUGAAAGGAAUACUAACAAGUCUUAAAAGUUCCUUCAUGCAUAAGAUUUUUUCCAGUUAAUGGGCAUAACUGGUGCACAUGAAUUAGAUGUUCAUACUGUAUUCCGUUUGCAUUAGUCAUUUUCUCUUUGAUAAAGUGUCUGGCACACCAAGUGGGUUAGUGCUACAGGAUUUGUGUUACUUUUAAGUACUAAGUAUGCAGGUUUCCUGGUACCAUUGAGUUGCUGCUAUUAAAGCUCACACAUGAAAUGGCUAAAAGUUACAAAUGUGCGAAUUAUGACUGCGUGAGCCUUAGAAAAUAAAAUGUGUAAAGGGUAAAGGUAACACAUGAGCUGUCAGUGUUAGGUGUGUGUGUGUAUGUACAGAGCUGUGCAUAGCAGUCGUUUUAUUUAAGUUGGUAUGUAGUCUACUCACGUUUUCAUUAUCUAGCAGUUUUGUAAAAAAAUAGCAAUUAAUUUGUAAACACUGCCAGAAUAUUUUCUAGGUGGUUUGUAAUUUUUUUAAUUAAUAUUUUCUUGUGUUUCUUCGCUGUGGUUCUUGUUUUCAUUUUUGUUGUAAGUGUAGAUCUGUAAAUAAAAUUGCAGUAUUUAAAGCUUUAGCUUUCAGGAAAAAGAGAGUGAGAACUCAGUGUGUGCAUGACACGUCGUGUGUGUGUGAGAGGAGGGCUCUGAAGGAAGGUGCCCCGCAGAAGGAGGGCGGCACAUGAUUUUGUCAAAAGGAAGUAUUCCUCCCAAAACUGGGAGUAGGCAAACUACUAAUCAGUUUAGCUUUGUGUUGUAUGCUAGUUUAAAAAGAAAAUAUGUAAUAUAAUGUAAAAAAAAAAAAAAAGCUUUUAUGAUGGAUUUUGUAAAUAGAUUUGUUACAGGGUAACCUGUUCUCUAGCUGUGAUCUUACCACUUCAAAUGGGUGUAAUUUGAAUAAAUUUUGUAUGGUAAAGGAUCAAUAAAAUGACUUUUUUUUU